CAGCAUGCAUCCUUGAGUAUCUAUUCGUUAGCUUUAGCUAGCUUUUGAUGGUGGUCUUAAGUCCGAUGAUCAACAGGGAUGGAAGAACCGCCUGUGGUGAUCCUCCAGCACCAGACGACUGUCAGGUAGUGACGGUGCAAAAAGCAAUGCUGUGCUGCUGUGUAAAAUGAAGAAGAUAUUCAGCUUUACAAAGAAAAAGAAACACCCGUCCGGUACCCCUGACAAUGGGAGUGUACUUUCAGUCGGCUAUGAACUUAAAGACAAGGACCUUGGCAAGGUUCACAAGGCAGCCUCAGUGGGUGAUUUGGCAAAGUUGAAGCAGCUUGCUAAAAAGAAUGAUAUCAAUCAACUUGACAAGGAGAACAGGACAGCACUUCAUAUUGCCUGCGCCAGCGGACAUGUUGAGGUGGUGCAAUUCCUUGUCGAAAGCAAAGCCAAGCUUAACCUAUGUGACAAUCAAAACAGAUCCGCCUUGAAAAAGGCAGUGCAAGGCCAGCAUGAACGCUGUGUAAGCAUACUGCUGGAGAAUCAUGCCGAGCCUAAUCUGGUGGAUAUCAAUGGCAAUACAGCUCUACAUCUGGCAGCAAACAUCCCUUCAAUUUCCACUGCUGUCCUUCUGCUCGAACAUGAAGCUGACAUCAAUGCUCAAAAUAAGGAGGGAUACGCACCUCUGACUGUAGCAGUCCGUGAGGACCAUAUUGAAAUGGCUGAGUUUCUUCUCAAGGAGGGUGCUGAUGUAAAUGUGAUCGACCAAGCCCAAAGGUCCCCAUUAAUGAUAGCUGCCGGCAAUGGACAAAUCGGUAUGUUGCGGCUGCUGUUGCGAUUCGAAGCAGAUAUCACUCUAAAGGAUACCAAAGGAUGGUCAGCUGAUGACUACGCAGUGAUGAAUGGCCAUCACCCAUGUUCCCUCCUGAUCAUUGAGCACAGUACCCAAAGGAACGAUGGGCCCUCCCUAUCACUUCAAGGCCCAAGCAAAAAGAAGAAAAAAACCUUGUUGGGAAGUCCCUCACAGGAUGUUGAAGCAGGCUUUUCUUUGGGAGGACCAGCCACUGACAAAGAUGAGCAUGGAGCAAAUGAAGCAGGGGGAGAUUUUGAAGACAAUUCUCAGUCUGAGUCACUAAGCCGGGUUUCAAAAAGUGCAGCAGAUGAGUGGCCUUCAUCAGAUGAUGAUGAUGAUUCGGUUUUAAUUGAAAAGAAACCACAGAGGGUAAACCUAAGAAAAUUGAUUGCAUCGGAAAGAGGACAAGCAUCUGCCAUGCCUGACAGAUCCUUGAGUGGUACAGAAUCAGAGCAAGAGAAUGAAAAUAGAGUCCAGAGAAUCCCAUACCUCCCACACGCUUUACCAUCAAGCAAAGCUCAGCAGCAACCAGUAGAUCCCUCUCCUGUUUCCUUCUUUUCCAAAGCACCCCAGAUGACUUCUAGCCCUCUUCCAAGCUAUAGAAAGGACAAAGAGUACACUGAGGAUGACGACGAGAAAGAACAAGAUGAGGUAAUGAGAGAUGAUGAUGAUGAUGAUGAUGAAGAGGAGGAAGAAGACUUGUCAGAGGAAAAUGAACAACCUGAAGGGAGUCAGGGGUCCCUUCCAGCCUCAUUGCCUGUGCCUGAGUCAGAAGGUUCUAAAAACAAGGAAAGAGAUUUCCUGUCUGAGCUGGGUCUAGAGAAGGGGGAGGAAGAGCAGGAUACCUGGGACUCUGAGUCCCACUCUGACAGCCCAACAAUGCCACAAAAGGAGAACCAAAGCUUACGUUCUCAGGAUCAAGAAAAGAUGUCUGCUGUUAAAGAAGAGAUUAAAAAAGACUUCUUUUAUAUUCCCUCUUUCUUAAGAGGGGAAGGAAGCAAUAGGAUGGCAGUGCUAGAACCUUGGAGGAAUGUAGACAGGCCAAGAGGCAGCCAGGAAGGGGUUGCGAACGAUACAAGUGAUGAUAACGGAGGGGAACAGGAGGAGGUUGAUCAGGGUUGUGCCCAACAGAAAGAGACAGAAAAAGCCAAAUGGGAACCACUUACUGUCCUGAGCAAACUUCAAGGAGAAAAAGAGCAAACAGACCUGAUGGAGGAGCUUGGUCUGGGAGAUGUUGAUGAUCUUGAAGAUGCAUCAGACUGGGACUCGGCCAGUACCACCAGUAAGAGAACCCUGCCUGGCCGCAGAAUGGCCUCCCCUGGUAUCGAGGAGCUCCCAGAAUGUUCCAGUCCACUAAUUAAAGAGGAGGAUGAAGAUGUGGCGUCAGAAGCACCCGUAACACCAGAGAGAACCAUAAACUCCAACGACAGACUGCCCGACACACCCCCACAACCAGUGCCCCAUCCCCAACCUCGAGCAAGGAAGAUGGUGCUUCAGAAACCAGAGAGUGAAGAAGAAUCAGAUUGGGAGCCCGACAAUUUGGCAACUUCUUGCAAUACAACCAAAGUUGACAAUCAGCAGCAGGACAUUGCUGAGCUACAAGUCAUGGAUUCACCAGGUUCUCCUGAGCUUUCGCCGAGGGUCGGAGAAAGAAAAAGAAAUGCUGAGUCUGAUGAGCAGCAAAAAAAGGAGAAAGAUGAUUCCGUAGAUACCAGUCUGUUAGAUUUAGACAGCCCAAUCGCAUCCGGCUACACAGGCUUUGACAGUGGAGAAAAGGAUAAUGACUUCAGAGAUCAAUGCAGACCUGAUGAAAGAGGGAAAGCCAGCGAUGACCCCCCAUGGGAGAAACGAUAUGAGAAACUCUGGGUAGAAGUGGAGAAAAGAGACGUAAAAUCAAAUUUCAAGAAUGUUGCUUGUGAAUUAAAAGAGAAGUUUGGGGAACUGCUCAAGUCAAGAUCUCCAGCAGAAGAUGAAGAGGGAAUGGCUGAAUCUUCUUCAAGUGAUGAAGAAGAAGGGGAAAUCAUUGUGCGCCCAACGGCCAGAGCGAGGAGUACUGUCCUCCUCACAAUCCCUGAGCAGAGGGAAUCUGGACUGGAGGACUCAGCGACAGAAUCAACUGAAGGGUCAGCAUAUGAGGACAGGAUGCAGGUCUAUGAGCGCCCAACGCGCGAGAGCAGCCUGUAUCGAGAACAAAAUCUGCUCGUUGAUAAUGCCCAAGAAGAGUACAGGUCUCUUUCACCACAACUCACCAGAGCACAGAGAGACAGCACAGAGAUGGCUACCAAAACUUUUACUGAUGGUCACAACAUAACUACGUCUUCUGCUGGCCAUGGUGCAUUCUUACAAGAUGAGGCCAAACUAAUGAAAAACACACAUCUGAACCAUACCUGUAAAGACACCAAUGCUAGUGAAGCAGAGAAGAAGAGUACAAGUCCAGGAGAGGAUCCUGAGGAUUUCCCUGAAUCUCGCAACCUGUGUAGGCGUUCAUCAUUGGUCCCAGGUGUUUCUGAUGAAGAGCUGGAGGAGGACAUGGAAAGGUUUAAACUUGAGGUAGUCCAAGAGACGGCAAAGACUGCAAUGGAUCUUCAACAAUCCAGUACUUCCUGGGAUACUGGUGGAGCAGCAUUGGAAGAAGAAGUGAGUUCUGAGAAACCUGAGAGCAGUUUGGGAUCCCAGUUGAGCCAAGCUGGAGCCAUUCCCCAGGAACGGCAGCAUGUAGCUAUGAAGAGCACCAACGAGGCACCAGUGCAAUUGCACCUUCCACUCCAGCAGACCCUCAAUAGCAACAAACAGGAAUGGGAAGCUAUAAAGGGAACCUCACAGCUGGAGCUGGUCCGAGGGGCCCGGCACAGCAGAGCCCCUCAGACCAACACCCAUAUUAAUGGAGAUCCUCUCUCAGUGUUUGACGAUAGCACUUUAAGUGAUGUGUCGGACGAUGAAGGAAGAUCAACCAGUGGACAGAAAAAUGAGAAACCUGGAGAAGAGGAAAUGGCUGAAGACUUUGAUGAACUCACUCAGUCAUCGGACACAGCCACAGAUGACAUGGACUCUCCCACUUCGGGCUAUCGUCAUGCAUCACUCCUCGUUCAGAAGCUGGACUCAGCCACUUUUGACUCGAGAAGCAUGGUGAAGCUGCAGAACAUUUUCCACGAGUAUGAGCGUUCCAUCCAAAAGGCAAGGAGCCGACAUGGGUACCUGGUAGACAAAGUGAGCCAGCUGGAAAUGGAGAGGACAGAACUGAAGAGCUCUCUAGAGGAAGUGAAAGAUAUUAAGUCUGCUCUGGAGCGCAACCAGUUGGAACUGCAGACUGAAGUCACAAACAUCAAAUUUCAACUGAAACAGGAGCAGGAAAAUCGCCGCAAUGCCACCAUGAUGUACAACAACACCAAAGAUAAGCUGAGGAGGACGGAGGAGCAGCAUCAGUUUGAGGUUCAGGAGAGGCAGAAGUUGGAGCUCACACUCAGGAAUCUGGAGCUGGAGAUGAGAACACUAGUUAAUAACAUGAAGCAGCUUGAAGAGGACCAUAGUGAGACCCAGAGACUGCUGGCUCAGGAGAGAAGUGCUCGGACGCUGCAGGAGAACCUGCUCAGCAGUCAUCUCCGUAAGCAGCAAGAGAUCGAGGACGAGAACAAACGAAACAUAAGCAAGAGCAGCGAGGCUCUGUCUCAGCUCACCGAGGCCAGUGACAGGGAGAGGGAGUUGCUGCAACAAACGGCUACCUUACAGGAGCAGCUGACCAUCCUGAGAACAGACCUUCAGCAUUCACAGGCCAACAGCAGUCUCAAAGAGAGCCACCUUUUGGAGGAGAACGAGACCCUCAAGGAACAGAUCGAAGAUGCUCGAAGAGAUCUCAAACUGAGCAAUGAAGCCCUGACUCAAACUGUCUUCAACUGCAAUAACCAGAUCACCACCCUGAAGUCUGAGUUAGCUAUGACAGCGACUCGUUUUGAAAAUGAGCGGAAGACUCGGGAAACAUUAGAGGCAGAGGUUGAGUCCACUCGCACCCGCCUGGCUGGAGCCGUAAAGGAGGCAGAGCUUUGCCUGGCAGCUCACACUGACGCAGAGAGAGCUCUACUCAGGGAGAAAGACGAACACCAGCGUCUCAAAGACAGACUCACGGGUGAAGCAGCCACACAACGUGAAGCAGUGAGCAGCCUGUCCCAGAAGCUGACCAAGGCAGAGGCUCGUGCAAACAGCAUGGAGAAUGAAGUGCACCGAGUCACCCUGCAGCUGACGGAGAAAGGCCUGCUGCUGGAGGUCCUACAGCGAGAGAAGGACCAGGCAGCUGUACGCGUCAAAGAGAUGGAAUCGACUCUGCAUGCUGAAAGGGAGCUGGUCAGCCGUGCAGCAGCACGCGAAGAAGCCGCAAAGGAGCAGCUGGCCCAGGCCAAGAGUGAGGAAAUGUUAUUAAGGCAACAGCUCAGUGAGUCCCAAAACAAAGGUGAGGCAAAGGAGCGCGCUGUGACUGACGCCCAACAGAGCUUCAAAGAUAUUCUGUCCAAGCUGCGCUCGGACUAUGAAGAGAGAGCACAACUAGUGGAGGAGAGAAAUAAGGAGCUGGCCAGUAAGGCUGCUGAUCUACGAGAUCAGAUCUACAAGUUAGAAGAAGAGAAGAGCGAAAGAGAGGCUAAUCUGAGGCAGCUGCAGCAGGAGCUCGCCGACUCCCUCAAGAAGUUGUCAAUGAGUGAAGCUUCUCUAGAGGUCAACACACGCUACCGCAGUGACCUGGAGGAGGAGAAGGCUCGGCUCCUUAAAGACUUGGACAGGCUCAAAGGAAAGCUGGAGGAAAGUGAGGACCAGUAUGUGCAGGCUGAGAGAAGGAUAAACAGCCUUAAGAGUAGUCUGGAUGAAAAGGAAAAAGAACUCAUCACAGCUGCUCAGAAACUGCAGGAGGCGCUGUCUACUUCAGCAGCUUCUGAUUCCACCAUCAAACAGCUGGAGGAAGCCGUGCAAAGGCUGGAGAUCGAGAAUGCAAGGCUGGAAGCUGCUGCAAAGCAACAGUCCAACAAGAUCGAUGCACUUCAAAAAGGAGCUCAAGAAGCUGCCAUGCUAUCUGACUGCUCACCUGGAGGAGGGGUCAGAACUCAUUUGGAGGACUUGGUUACAAAUCUACAGAGCAGUAAGAUGACUUUGGAAGACCAACUCAGUAGGGAGGUCCAGAAGCAGAGCAUGUUAUCUCACACAGCCCAGGACUCGAAGGCCUUGUGGGAGGAGGAGCUGAAGAGCCGUUCUAAGUUAGGACUGCGUCUGGCAGAGCUGGAAAAGGAAAAAGGAGAUUUAAGCACCCAGAUGGAAAUAGAAAAAAAGAAAGCCAAGAAAAUAGCAGAGCAGAAGAAGGCUAUUGAUGAGCGGCUGGAUCAGGAGAUGAAGAGAAACACAGAUCUUCAAAAAGAAAUGUACAGGUUGCGUACUUUAGUGAAGAAUGCAAAGAAAAGAUUGCGGGAACAAGACACAGGUGGAGCAGAAUUUGGCUCUCCAAUGAGCAGCUUACGGAUGGACCAAGGCAGACACAGCCAAGCUGAGGGUUCCUUUGGACGAAUGAAAGAAAAGGUGGAGGAUCUGCAGGUGCAGCUGGAGAAGGAAGCGUCCCGCCGCAGUCAGCUCGAGAGGAUGAACGGGGAGCUUAAGGAUCAGCUGGCCUCCAUGAGAGGCUUGAGCCACAGUAAUGACCAGCAGGAGAGGAGUAAGAGGCAGUUGGAAGAGGAGGUACUGGACCUGAGGCGUCGAAUGGAGGCAGCUCACUCGGAGCAGAGCAACGUGGAGCAGUACCGCCGUGAUGCAGAGGAGAGGGCACGUCAGGAGAUCCAACAGAAACUGGAGCAGGUCAACCUCUUCCUGCAGUCUCAGGCAGCAUCACAAGAAGCAUUGGAUCAGAUUAAAUCGGCCAAUGAGGCUAACCUGCGUUCCCAACUGGAGCAGAAGAUCCGGGAGCUGGAGGGGGACCUGGGCCGGGCCCGCACCACCCACCAUGACAGCCUCAAUCAAAGAGACUCUACACGCACAGAACUAGAGCGAUACCGGCAACUCUACGCUGAGGAGCUACGCCUCCGCAAGUCCCUGGCUGCCAAACUAGAAAGGGCCAACACUCGUCUUUCAGAAGCCAAUUCUAAGUUGCUCAAUGAGCGCAGCAGGUCUCUGAUCACCAGCAGCAUCGCAAACGGGAGCCUCGCAGGGCCUUCGCUGGACGUUGGCUCUUUGGGUUCCCCUGCACACUACGGGAACACACUUGGGCCCCUUAACAGGAGUUUCGGCCUGGGACUGUCCCUCCUCAGUCCUGUGACUGAUGGACAGAACAGCAGGGUGGAGGAUUACCUAGCCAAGAUGCAGAGUGAGUUGGAUAAAAACAUAUCAAAAGAGUUGAACAAUGCCACAGCAGAGCUGUAUGUCACUUCAGCCCGGAUGUCAACAGGGGGCUCUUCCUCCAGGACGGAGCUGGACCCUGUCAGCACGGCCACGGAGCAGUACUUGGAGGUACUCAAGAAGAACUAUAUGAUCUGAACACACAUUUGUAUUCCAGCCAUAAGAAUAUCAAAUCUAUUGACAAAUAUAAGUAGACUCAGUCAAAGAAAGAAACUUUAUGUGUUUUUACUCUAUUCUUUGAAGAUAAAAGUCAACAUAAUGCACAUUGCACUUAACCACUCAGGAGCAAAGGGCAGGAGUUAUAUGUCUGUUGGUACAAUUAGAAUGAACCCUGGAAAGUAUUUGUUCCUUUUUACUCGUUUGGUUCAACCUGUUGCUGUAACUUUCUUUUAGCACACUACAUAUAAACAGAAAUGUGAUUUGUCUUUUCAUUUGUGAAUAUUGGUUACUCGUUUAAAUUUGUAAGUAUUUGACGUCUGCAUCAUUAUUGUUGCCAAGAUCCUACAUUUGGUACGUGCCAUCAUAUGGUGCAAUAUCUGUCUUGGUUUUUUCUGUAUUAGUAUUGGACUAUUAUGUGUUUAUUUUAUUUAUUCUUUUUUUUAAUUAAAAUGAUAUACUUGAAUAAGACGAGCUGGAAUUCUCUCUGGCCAGUGAAACAGGGUGAACACGUUUAUACAACAAUCACUUCGGCUUUUUGUUAGCUUGAUUUUAAGUUAAAAACACUUACUUUGUUUCCCAGUAUAUGUGUUAUUUUUCAUUACUCACAGAUGCUGUAAUAGAAUGAGUAUAGUAAAAAAGAAUUUGGACGCCUGUACAUUACAGAAGACUAAAGAUGUAAAUAAAACUGAAAGACCUUUAACUUGAA